CGGUCGGGAGACUUCCCGCUUCCGCCUCCGGUGGGGUAGCUCUCCGUGCCGGUGUUCUCUCGUCGGAGUCAGCGGUGGUCACCGAGCCAGGAUGCUGCGAAAUCUGCUGGCUCUUCGUCAAGUUACCCAGAGGACCAUCAGCACUGCUCCACGCAGGCACUGGCAAAAUAAGGUUGCAGAAAAACAAAAGCUGUUUCAGGAGGAUAAUGGAAUUCCAGUGCAUCUAAAGGGUGGGGUGACUGAUGCUCUCCUAUACAGAGUCACCAUGUUUCUUACAAUUGGUGGAACAGCAUAUGCCAUAUAUCAGCUGGCUUUGGCUUCCUUUCCCAAGAAGCAGAACUGAGUGAAGUUGCCCCAGCAGUCACCUGGUUCCAUGUCCUUCAUCCUGCUGUGGACUGGUGAUGCCCUGAAUAACCGAGUUCUUCCUUGGGGAUCAAUAUUUAUUGACUUGUACGAACGACUACCACAAUAAAGUGGUCUUUACCAUG